CAACAAAAAAAAAAUAAUCUCAUUAUCUCUCUAACUACAGAGAUGGAGAAGAACGUACCAUUAAGCAAGAAGCUAUGGAACAUCGUACGUUUUGUAAUGUACAUGUUACACAAAGGCAUCUCAAAGCAAAAGCUCCUCGCCGACUUUAACGCCACUCUAAAACGCGGCAAGAAUCUCAUCUUCCACAACCGCCGCCGCGUCCCAGCCUCAGCUACCACCGCCACCGCCGCGUCCCUACCUCGGAAAGAAUACGAGUUUAGCUGCAGCGACACUCCAAACUACUCAUUUCCCUUUAACAUGGCCUCCUUCAAGAAGAAGACUCACAACAACAUUAGUCUCUUCACGUGCAGUCACGCGCCACCGACCCUAGAAGACGACACUUCCACCUCUAGAGCCGUGCUUGAGCUUCUCAGCGGCGGAGGCAAUCAAGAAACCGGCGAACGUGGCAGUAACACGCCGGCUUUGUCCGUCGAGGCUUUGACGGCGUUGUCUCCUUGCUUGCCCGCAUUUGGACGGAGUUCUCCGUCAGUGAGACCUUUACGUGUGACGGACUCACCGUUCCCAAUACGGGAAGAUGGUGACGUGGCUAACGGACACGUGGACAAAGCGGCGGAUGAGUUUAUAAAGAAGUUUUACAAGAACUUGAAUCAGCAAAAGAAGAUGAUUGAGUUCUCACCUAAUUAA